AUGCUGGCUGCGCUCGGGGUCCUCGCAGCGGGACACGGCGACGGUCGUCGCGCGCAGGCUUGGGACCCAGCAAGUGGUUUCAUCUGGGGCAGUUGUGGUGACAGCCUGCCAGACGAGGCCGAUGUCACUAGCUGCGACCUCGUCGACGGCUCAUCCUGCUCGGAUCACUUGUCCGAUGGCCCUCCAGACGCAGACAUCGAGGUCGUCCUGGGGAACUUGCCCGCGUCGACGAGUGAGGACCCUGUGCAUUUGCAGUGGUGGGCUGGGUUCAAGAGCGAGCACGAAUACCAGCCUUUAGUCAGUGCACACGGUGCCGCUAUAUACAACGACAUGCAUAUCGCCUAUCCAAAAUAUUGGGAACCUGGUUUCAAUGGAGGGAACGUGCGCGUAAAUGAGUCUGGCAUUGCUGUUGUUCGGUUCGCCGCACCCUCUACAUACUAUGUCAAGCCUUACCUCGCUUGGCCUCACGUGCAUUUCAGAGUGUGCAAAGGUGGCGCAGGUGCAGCUUUCUACUACGACUCGCUCGUCUUCGCGAAGUCGGUGUUCAUGGUGUCCAGGUCUCAGGGCAGUCCGAUAGUCAUUCUUUCACUGAGUCGCUACGACUCGGAUCAUGGGGUGCAGAAUUAUUCGAUUCCAGAGUCCAUUGGAUACUUGAGUAUCCCCAGCACAUCGACGGCAACUACCUUGACGAUUUCCACCACCAGCGUCUCCAGCGUUGUCGACUUCAGCAGUGACGCAUACUCACUGACGGCCACUACUACCGCCACGAUCAGUAGGCCUGCUACGGGGUCUCUGCCCGAGAUUCUCAUGAGCGCGGAAAUGGAGGCACUCACGCUCGAUGCAUUAGAGUUCUCUCCUGUCUACGAUUGCCUCGUCGACGGGACCGUCUUCGACCAUUUCUCUGGGUCCUGUGCAGACGCCUGCCCGGGCGACGCGGAGCUGCAGUAUGGCCAGUGUGUGCUCCCAGAGAUAGAGGCCAGCUCUCGAGUCACCCUCACGGCUUCAUGGCAUCUGGAGGUGCACUGCGAAGAGCUCUGCGGCUUGGGCAUGGAGAACGAGACGCUCCACCACGUUCGCCUGGCUGUCGCUGGCCACUUGGACGUCCCCUUCCAGGAGGUCGCGCGGGCAGCCCUGACCUGGCUGCACGCGGACGGCCGCCGCCUCUCGACAGGGGCGAGGGUCGCCGUCCUGUCCGUCCAGGUCGAGACGAGUCGCCACGACGAGGUCAACGGCCUCGACAAGCUCAGGGUCUUCGCGGCGAACCCCAGCAGCAUCGGCCAGCUCCUUGGCAUGAACGUUAACGAGGCUCACGUUCUGCCGGAUGGUGCCAUCAUCAGCGGCGGACCCACCUGGACGAUCAGAGACGACAGCGACCCUUUUGCGGUGGCGUACGAGGUCCUCCUCGGAUCGCAGGUGGACGGUGGCAAGCAGGAGAGUACAGCUGACAGUCUGCUUCCCGCUGGGGUCAUCGUUGGGCUUGCUGCUUCGGUGGUAGCAUUUGGAUUCGCAUGUGGGUGGUUGCUUUGGGUGUUUCGUCGACGCUCGCGAAGGGCGCUGGCGGCAAACGAAGAGGUCGAGGUCCCCAAAGUGGCAGGCACUGCAGUCCCGAAGGGGAAGACUACCUGCAUGGAACGUGAUGCGCAGGAUGGCUCGGCGUGUCAGGAUGUGCAGGGUGGCGUUGCUCCUCGGGAUGAUGCUGGUUGUCAGGACGAGCAGGUUGAUGACAUUGAGAUCUGA